AUGGUUGGGAAAGAAGCGAACCCCGGUGACAUUGAGCACCUCGAAAACGCAGAACAUAUGGCUUCCAUAUCUGGGAACAUUGGGCCGGAGAAGGCCAAAACGGAUAACGACAACUAUAAUCCUGCACUGGACGUCGAGCCUGGAAAGCUCACAGAGAAUGACACUACCUAUGAUCCCGUCUUUGGUGAGGUGUCUGGGGAUGGACCCAACUACCGCAGCGUCGGUUGGCUAGGAACUGUUGCGUUGAUGAUGAAGACACAGAUUGGUCUCGGUGUUCUCUCUAUCCCAGCUGUCUUUGACAAGGUAGGGGUGGUACCGGGCGUUAUAUUGCUCUUCGUCGUGGCCGGGAUAGCAACGUGGACGAGUUAUAUGGUUGGAAUAUUCAAGCUGAAUCACCGUGAAGUGUAUGGAAUGGAUGAUGCAGGUGGCUUGAUGUUUGGACGAGUUGGACGUGAAGUCUUUGGACUGGCGUUUAGUCUAUACUGGAUAUUUGUUGCCGGCUCCGGUAUCCUGGGUCUUUCCAUCGGCUUGAAUGCCGUCUCCUCUCACGGAACCUGCACUGCUGUCUUCGUCGUCGUUGCUGCCCUUGCUGGGUUUGUCUUUGCUAGCAUUCGUACACUGGGGAGGAUAAGCUGGAUAGCCUGGAUUGGUCUGGGCUGCAUCGUUACAUCUGUCCUCGUCGUCACAAUAGCUGUCGGUAUACAAGGCGGACCCGCAACUGCACCCCCAGGCUGGUCCUCAGACUACAAAAUCGUCAACCAUCCCUCCUUCGCAGAGGGCGUAUCCGCCGUGUCAACAUUAAUCUUCGCCUGCUCGGCCACGCCGGCAUACUUUUCCCUCGCAGCAGAAAUGCGAGACCCGCGGUACUUCACCCGCGCUCUCGUUGUGAGCCAGAUCGGCUCGACUCUGCUGUAUUUGGUCAUCGGCGUCGUUGUUUACUACUACUGCGGGACCAUGGUAGCUUCACCUGCCCUAGGUUCUGCGGGUGCUCUAAUCAAGAGGGUCGCAUACGGCCUCUCCCUACCAGGUCUAAUCGCUACAACAACAAUCGUGAUCCAUCUCCCAAGCAAAUACUUCUUCGUCCGCAUCCUCCGCGGCUCAGCACAUCUAACCUCCAACUCCCUAAUCCACUGGACAACCUGGCUAGGCUGUACAUUCAGCUGCACGGUCGUAGCAUACGUAAUCGCCAGCGGGAUCCCGGUGUUCAACGACCUCGUCUCGCUUGUUGGUGCCUUGCUUGGUGCGUUCCUGGCAUACCAGCCUACUGGGUGUAUGUGGUUCUAUGAUAACUGGCACCGGCGGAAGAGUACGGAUAGGCCGUGGUUGUGGAUGUUAAUGGCUGCCUGGGCGGGGUUUAUUAUUCUGGCUGGCAGCUUUAUGACUGUUGCUGGGACUUAUGGGUCCAUUGUUGGGAUUAUGAAGUCGCUUAGUUCUGGGGGAGGGUCGAGGCCUUGGACUUGUGAGGAUAAUUCGAAUUCGUAG